CCCCACAGCCGCGACAGCUACGAAGCGCGCGCGCCGCGUUUCUCGAGUUCGCCUUCUCGUUGCGCGAGAGGGAGCGAGUCAUACAGUGGCGAGGAGCCCGGAGAGAAACGUGCCGCCGCGGUGCUCCGGUAUCUCUCGUGUACGAAAGCGGACGCGACCCGCGCGCGUACCGAAACUCACCCCCGUCGUCCCGGAGGGCGCCACCCUAGCGGAAGGUGCUCGGCGCGACGUUACGCGUUUCGGCCGAUAUCCGGACGAGUGUGCUGCUCCGUCACAGGAGUAGCAGCCGCGCGCGACGGAGAAGUGCACGGCCAGAGUUGACGUUUCGUCUCUGGGGUGGUAGUCGUGUUGCUGUUUUGUGAGCUGCGUCGACCAUCAUUCGGUGUACGCUCCGAGGAGCGGCGCGCCGCGGUUUCCGAAGGGACAACUGCGGGUGAAAGUGUACCCGCGAGUACAAGUGUCAAAGAGAGAGAGGGAGAGAGAGAGAGAGAGGGAGAGAGACUGUCGGUUUCGUGGGACGACGUAUCGCAAUUCCGGCAUCGCCGACUACCAGUACCGGUUCCGGUGAGCGCGGUGAGCCUGGUGCAAUUCGACGAGCGAGUCGCGUACGCUGACACGCCGCUCGAAUUUCGCGGUCACUCGGCCGAUCCGGAUAUACACCUCGCUCGGCUGGAGCAAGCCUGUUUUCCUGCCUAGGCUGCUAUCAAGGUGUUGGAGGUUGUAGAUACCAGGGAGUGUCGCAGGUGCGAAGGAACUCGGCUCGCCACCCGGGGGUGGCAACCACGGUGGUGUCCUCGCACUCUUGCGCAACGCCGAAGCACCGAGUCUCCUGGGGAGGAGCCGUUCUCUCUGUGUGCGGCGCAUUAGCACCUGGCCCUCGCUUGGCGUCAGCACUGAUGCUCUAGUAAAGGUGCCGGCGUACCGAGAGCGCGAGAGAGCGGGCGAGUAGCACAAGCAGAGCAGGAUGUGGCGAACACGGGUCGUCGUCUUCCUACUGGCAGUCACUUCCGUCGUCCACGCCAAGGUGGCCGUGCUACCGCACGAUGUCCAUCCCGGUUAUGAGGUGACGCAAUUCCGAGGCGACGCGAAGCGCGCCUCCAACUUUCGCUUACUGGAGACUGGCUUCUCCAAGUACUUCACCGUGUUGGGCAACGGUCUGGUGAUGACGACAUCGGACCUGACGCCGCUGGUGGACCGACCGGUGAACCUAGUCGUCUUGGAGGAGCUGGCCAACAGCACAGAGACCCACGACCUUCACCUCUACGUCAUCAAUCGCCGGAAUAUGCUCACGUUCUCGCACGACCACCUGGGCGAGGGCGAGGUGGCGGAAAACUCGCCGGCUGGAACUUGGAUAGACAAUUUCCCGCUUCUACGAGCGCGCGGCAGUUUCCCAGUGCACUAUAAGAUCCUACCCGACGACAGCGGAGAACGUCCCUUCGCUCUUAGGGAGAAUGAAUCCAAUGAGACUGGUUUUAAUCUCACUCUGAAGAGCCAAAAGCAAGGUGUCAGAGUGGUGACCGCUAAACCGUUGGAUCGCGAGGCCCGCGGGAUCUACACUAUCGUGAUACACGCGUCGGACGGUAACUUCAUCAGCACGUCAAAGAUCAGCGGCGUCGUUCACGUGCUCGACCAGAACGAUAACAGUCCGAUCUUCGAGCGUCAGCUCUACAUCUUCGAGAUAAGACCGACAAACCUGGACACCUUGCGCAAAGGCAACACGGCCUUACCCGGUUGGAAGAGGUUCUCCACUGUGGGCAAGGUCUCGGCUAAGGACGCGGACGGGGACAAGGUCGCGUAUAAAUUAGUCACACCUAGCAGCCUACUGAUCAUUGUGCCGCAAACCGGCGAACUACUGUUGGCUGGCGAGCCGGAAAUCAACGCGGAACAAGACAGCGAGUGCGAGUUAGUCGUCGAAGCGCACGAUCUGCGCACUCCGAGCCGCAGCACCGAAAAAUUAGCCAAGGUCAUCGUGAGGUUCCUUACCUCGGAACCGGAUAACCAGCCGGAAGUACAUCGAAUACAAAAACGAAGAGUCACCAGAGCAGUGCGACCUACGAAGAAGGUCGACUUUACGGAAGCGGACGGGAACAUCGAGGGUAAGAUCGCGUUUUACCUGGAGAAGGAGAACGAGAAGGAGACCUAUAAGAUAAGAGACGAGAACAAGUGGGUCACCGUCGGCACCAACGGCUCCGUCAUGGUUAAACAGAAGUGGGACUACGAGGAGCUGGGCCCCGAGAAAACUAUCGACUUUUGGGUUACUAUCACGAACACAGAGCCGUGCGCGCGAUUUCCACCCGAUGUCAGGUGUCCGUUUUACGGCGAUACCGACAAUCAGCGCGUCAUCAUUAACAUGAAGGAUGUGAACGACGAGCCUCCGUAUUUCAUUAACCGGCCUCUACCGAUGCAAACGGUCGUUCAGCUGAACGCACCGCCGAACACUCACGUGUUCACCCUUCAGGCGAGGGAUCCCGACACCGACCACAACAUCCAUUACUUCAUCGUGCGAGAUCGAACUGGCGGCCGCUUUGAGGUCGACGAGAGAUCGGGGGUGGUACGUACUCGAGGUACCGACCUCUUUCAGUUGGAUAUGGAGUACGUCCUUUACGUGAAAGCCGAGGAUCAGAACGGCCGUAUCGACGAGAGGCGUUUCCAGUCGACUCCUGAGGAGAGACUAUCGAUCGUCGGUGGAAAACGCGCACCGCAGUUCUAUAUGACGGCGUACGAGGCCGAGAUCCCGGAAAACCAGAAGAAAGAUUCCGACAUAAUAUCGGUGAAAGCCAAGUCGUUCGCCGAUCGGGAGAUACGCUACACGCUGAAGGCGCAAGGUCAAGGAGCCGCGGGGACAUUCAACAUCGGGCCGACUUCUGGAAUCGUGAAACUUGCGAAAGAACUGGAUUUUGAGGAUCUGCGGCAACCCCACAUUUAUUCCCUGAUAGUGACAGCGACGGAGGACUCGGGUGGUUUCUCGACGUCGGUCGAGCUAACGAUUCGAGUAUCCGACGUGAACGAUAACGCGCCCAAGUUCGAAUUGCCGGAUUAUCAAGCUCACAAUGUCGACGAGGACGUCUCUCUGGGGACGAAUAUACUAAGAGUCAAGGCAACCGACGCCGAUUCGGGGGUGAACGCGGAAAUAGAGUAUCUGGUGUCCGACGAUCAUUUUAGCGUGGACUCCAACGGCAUUAUCGUCAAUAACAAGCAGCUCGACGCGGACAACAAUAACGCCUACUACGAAUUCAUCGUCACUGCUAAGGACAAGGGUGAGCCGUCGAAAACCGGCACGGCGACGGUGCGGAUAUACACGAAAAAUAAAAACGACGAGGAGCCGAAAUUCUCGCAGCAGGUUUACACACCCAACGUGGACGAGAACGCCGGGCCGAACACCUUGGUGACUACAGUGGUCGCCUCUGAUAAGGACGGCGACAACGUGCGGUUCCGCUUCGUCGGUGGCAACACCACGUCCGGGCAAUUCGUGAUCGAGGAGAUCACCGGUGUGAUCCGUCUCCACGGCAAGGAAAUUUCUCUGGAUCGCGACAAGUACGAGCUGAACGUCACCGCCUUGGACGACGGCGCGUGCUGCCCGAAUGGCGACACCACCAUUCACACCAGCACCGCGGUCGUCGUGGUGUUCAUAACCGACGUGAACGACAACAAACCAGUCUUCAAAGACUGCGGGAUGUAUUACCCGAAAGUGGAGGAAGGUGCGCCGAAUGGCAGCACGGUCAUCAAGGUGCUGGCCACGGACGAGGACAAGGGUGUCAAUGGACAAGUCAAGUACUCGAUCGUGCAACAGCCCAAUCAGAAGGGUACCAAGUUCACCGUUGACGAGGAGACCGGUCAGGUCUUGACUAACAAGGUGUUCGAUCGCGAAGGCGACGACGGGAAAUUCGUAUCCGUCACUGUCAAGGCGACGGAUCAGGGCGAACCGUCGCUGGAAGGUGUUUGCUCGUUUACCGUCGAAAUAACCGACGUGAACGACAACCCGCCGUUGUUCGACCGUCAGAGGUAUGUGGAGAACGUGAAGCAGGACGCGAGCAUCGGCACGAACAUACUGAGAGUGUCGGCAUCCGACGAGGAUGCUGACAACAACGGCGCGAUCACGUACACACUGAGCUCGCCGAACAACGACCAGGGUUUGGAGUACUUUGAGAUUCAACCAGAGUCUGGUUGGAUUGUAUUAAAGAAGCCCCUAGACGAGCAGGUGGGAACGACAUUUUUUGAGCCCCACGGCUGUUUUCCACGUGACAGCUAUCGCCUGCGAGUACGGGCCUCCGACAGAGGGAUGCCAGUCUUGUCCGCAGACGUGGACGUUGAGUUAGACGUCGUAGACAGAAACAAUAAACCACCUGUGUGGGAUGCGAAUGUAUACGGCCCCAUUCACAUCAAAGAAAAUGUCACAGUGGGUACUGUAGUGACGUCGGUGAAAGCCAGGUUUGUAUGCCACGACAUGACCGAGACAAGACACGUGACAUGCCGUGCCGUGCCAUGCAGUGCUGCCUUUCCUAUUUAUAUCUAUUAACCUCUCUUUUUUAUUUGACUCUUACACUGUCUUUCACAUUUUUCCUCUUUCGAUUACUCGUUUACGCGAGUAUCCCAUUCAUUACCUCCUUCCCAUCGAUUCCUUUCGCCCGUUUCCGGUACGCCCUAUUUUUUCUCUCUUUCUCUCACGUUCUCUCUUCCUUUUCUCUCUUCUCAAUCUUUGUACUUUUAAUUUUUUUUAUUUCAUUUUACUCUCUCUCUCUCUCUCUCUCUCUCUCUCUCUCUCUCUCUCUCUCUCUCUCUCUCUUUUUUUCUAUUGCUAUUCUGACGUUUGUUCUUCAUUUUGUGUUGGUUUUUUAGUGUAUCUGUAUGUUUACUUCUCUCUUUAGACACAGAGACAUUGGAUACACAUCAUUUUCUUUCUUUCUUUGGAUACGGAAGCACUUAUGGUUAAGCGCGGCGCGGUAGAUCGCUGAAUGGCGGACACUCUCCUUCUCCUACUACUACUACAACUACUACUAUUACUAUUACUCUACUACCACUAUCUCUUCCCAACAUGUACUGUAGCGAGCCGCGACGAUUGCUCUCCGAUGAUAUUUGGGGACAGCGAGUGUUCGAUCGAGCGGAAAUCAUUCGGAAAUGAUCGCUCGGCUUCCAAGUCGAGUAAGUCUUGAAUGCCAUAAAUUAACGCAAGCCGUAGCUGCAGCUUUAGAAUUAACUGCUCUACGGUGUUAUCAAACGCUGUGAAUUGCGGUCUCGACUCAUCGCGUUAUCGUCGUCGCUUUUCAAGUCGUCACUAAAAUUGUUCCGUCAAUUUCAAAGAACAUCUCACGAAAUCUCUCGAAAAUUUAUAAAAUUUUGUUGAAAACAUUGGUGUUUGUUACGAUUCUUCUCGCGUAUAAUUUAUCGCUACUGAUACGGACAGAACUGGUACGACGAAAAUUUUGUCUCAAAACUCGCUCUAGAUUACUUAAUUAAUUUGGCUUGCUCGCUUAUCUUAGAUCUACUAUCUUGUGUUAUCUAAAUAUUUAGUGUAAUAAUUGAACUAAACGAUGCAUAUCUCUUAGUCAACAGCGCACUCGUGAUAACAUUGAGAUUCUCGCGAGCCCAGAGCCCCAAACUUACUCCACUCGAAAGCCGAAGAGGCCCACCUCUUCCCCGACGCGAAGAAGAGAAAGGCAGGAACCAUGCUUCCCCAAAGACCCGGAGGACGCAGCAAUCGUCGCGAGCAGAUCGUAGCGGAUAUAAAGCAAUUAACAACUAUAACUGUGCGAACGCGGCAAGGCGGAGCGAUGAUCUACAGGCGCUUCUAUCGUGCUCAUUCGUAUAGGUUUAUUAGGCGGGGAUGUAAGCGAGAGAUCCUGGUGCCUUCUCGCGAUACGGAUAUUCACGCGCAGAAUGCAGGUUGCGGAGCGUCGAUCGUCCAUCACACUGCCAGUGUACCCCCACAAGAGCUCAUUCAGCCACCUGGCCGCUGCGCGCAUCGCAAAUAUCGCGCGAGCUUUCGCUAUAGUCCCUACUAGCGCCGAGCGAGCAAAUCGGCGCGAGGAUGCGCGCAAACACAUAAUAUGCGAGCCCGUACUCGCCCGUACCACGUUCCAGGCGUUGGUGGUGUUUUGGCAUCUGCCAUAGCGGCGAAUGUCACACGGCGGAAGGGCGAGACAGACAGGGCGUUGCGGAUGCGAGAGAGAGACCAGUCCUCCUGAUCCUCUCUCUCUCUUUUUCUUUCUUUCUCUUUCUCUCUUUCUCUCUCUCUCUAUCGAAAACAACGACGGGGAUCAACAUGUACCAUUACUUUCACUCUCUCUCUCUCUCUCUGCCAAAGAACCUUGGCGCCUUGACACUAACGCCGUUGUUUUUUGUUCCCGUUUGUUAUACACGCGGUCUG